AGCAGACGGACAGGAGAGGACCGGGAGGCGGUGGCACAGAUCUGGGACCAGCAGAUCGAGGAGGGACAAACAAGGCGGUUGUAAGGACAGAAGAAGGAUUUUGUGGAGGGUUUCGUACGGGUGUUUUUUUUUCUUCUGAUUUACAAACCGGCUGCACGGAGGAGCUUCAAGAACGAUGAAUUAUUUCAUUCUGCUGUCGCUUUUUGCCACGGUUUUCGCCGGAAAGUCACCUCGGCUGAAAUUCGUUGUGCACGAGACCUCCAGGUUCCACUUCAACAAACCUGAGAACUACAUCAGCAUGUACCACCAGGAAGGCAGCGACACGCUGUACGUGGGCGGCCAGGCGAUGGUCUACGUGUUGACGUUCACUAACAGAGGGGUCCGCGACCUGCAGAUCCCAGCGGCAUCGGACCAGACUGCAAUUGAUACCUGCAAGGCAAAGGCUGCACCACUCGAGCUGGAGUGUGAUAAUUUCAUCACCGUCAUUCAGAAAGUAAACGACACAAUGAUUAUAUGUGGAACGAAUGCUGGGAGCCCCAGGUGCUGGAUGCUGGUAAAUGAGACGGUGCUGACUGACGUCCAGGGGAAUGGGCAGAUAGCGUCGGCCUCUGACAUCUCACCGCCCUACCCUUCCCAGAAGUCCAUCAGCUUGCCUGCAGAUGGGAGUCUGUAUUCGGCUAUGUCGUCUGUGGCAGGUCACCCCGGCUCCAUUCGACGUACGUUUGGCUCCCAGAAACUCCUGAAGACGGAGAACAUUUGGCUGCUGAAUCCACAGUUUGCCGGUGCAGCCAUUAUCCCGUCCACACUGAAGUACAAGGAGGAGAUCUACUUCUUCUUCAGUGAGCUCAACAAGACAGCCAGAGUGGACGAGGAGCCGUACAGGGCCCGCAUUGGACGCAUCUGCACGGUGGAUGAAGGGGGCAUCAAAGCCCUGUUAGAGAACUCAUGGACCACCUUCAUGAAGGCCCGGAUGAUGUGUGGCGCGGGAAACACUCAGCAGCAGUACAACAACCUGAAGCAGGCGGUGGUGCUGACAGCACAGGACAAGAGGGCGGGAGUCCUGUACGGCCUGUUCUCCAACGCAUGGGGCAGAACAGUAAUUUGUGCCUACUCCAUUGAAGACAUUGACAUGGCUUUCUCCACUUCGAAACUGAAGGGCUACAGCAGUCCUUUCAUUGGCACUCGCCCUGGGAUGUGCGUCCGCAGAAACUCGACAGCAGGAGGUCACAACGACAUCAAAAACCUCGGGGUGAUCAGAUACCACCCGGAGAUCGAGGAUGUGAUCCGGCCGGUCGGCGUGGCUCCGCUCGACCUGCCCAUGGAUGAAGACCAAAUCACACACACUGUGGCGGACAUUGUCCUGGCGGUCAACGACGAGCACUACAGCGUCCUGUACAUCGGAACAGAACAAGGCAAAGUCCUCAAAGUUCUGCACAGCAGCGAGGGGGUCUUCGUCAUAUCCCAGUACUCUCUGUUCCACAACGAGGGCCCCAUUCUAAAGAUGGCCAUCGACUCCCAAAAGGGACAACUGUAUGUCGGUACAGCGAUGGAAGUCCAACGGCUGCCGCUGGCUGACUGCAAUCGCUAUGGCGACACAUGCAGGGAUUGCAUCCUCUCUCGCGAUCCUUACUGCGGCUGGGACAGGGCAAGAAGGAGGUGCAUCGCCAUCCCGCCUGGAUACAACGUCACCACUGGGACACUACUUCAGAAUCUGGAUCAGUCCAACUCUUCGGUUUGUGGGGAAGCUGCUGCUCUGAAGCAGCGUCGCACUUCUCCCAGAGAGGUGCUGGUGGCGUCCAACACCUCCAUCUUUCUCCCGUGCCCAGUGCGCUCCUUCCACGCCACCUACCGCUGGGAGAAAGACAACUGUGUCAAGAACUAUCCCUGCCUCUUCUCCGGGGAUUUCUGCGUGCUGGGGCCGGCUGUCAACACGCCCCUGAAGGAAGGCGUCUUCCGCUGCAUGGCGACCGAGGACGGAUUCAAGGUGGAAGUUAUCUCCUUCAGGCUGGUGAACAACGGCAGGCUCCUGGCGGCCUCCCUGGCGUCCACCUUGGGGCCGUCGCUCCUGCUCGCCAUGGCUACCCUGUGGCUCCAUUAACUGCAGCUACCGCUAAUGCUAACCCCUCAUCCUUAGUGGCUCCCAAUGACAGGAAUACAAGGAGCCUCUGUUAGGAGGUUAGGUUCGCAGAGCAUAGAAGUACAUGGUUGUGUCGGACGGUGAAAAUCCUUUUUCCAUAUCAAUUUAUAGAGAAAGAUUCCAGAAAAGUCUGUAUUUUUUGCAUAAAGCAACAUAUCAGCAGCUGUUUUAAUAAGAUCCGAACUGGGAAACACAUUCAUAUCAUACUAAAGUAACUAGAAGUUCACAAAUCGACAUAUCUUGCAAGUUCGAUAGACCAUAGUUAGGUGCUUUGCGAACCUUUCCUCUCAGAAACAUAUCGUAUGAGUUGGGAAAAAACACCAAUACCAGGCCAAUUCUUUUUACCAUUUCUCUACUUAAUUUGAAAUCGACUUGACUGUGCUUAUUUGUGAAUAUAUAAACCUUUAAUACCGCUGUCAUCAUCCAUCUUGUUAGACUUCAUUGGUGUAGCUCAUUAGUACUUAGAACAUGUCUGGUAUUGAGAUUUAAAAAGCCUUAACACUUCUUGGACAUUAACUCCUAAGCACAAUUUUGCAGUCGAGGCAGAAGACUUGACGCUGUAGUUAAUGCGGCUGAGUCGAUACAACAUGGCUGGGAGGAAGUGUCAGCUUUUUGACAGGAAGUAGGAAGAUGGGCAAGCGCUCACUCUCGGAACAUCACUGUGUCUCAGCACCUCCUCCUCAGACGAGGCAGUACCUUUCAUCUUUUUAUCAGAUGGUAUCAGACAUCGUCAUUACGCCUUGUUCACAGCUUUGUCCAUUGUUUAGUUUUUAUACAUUCUGUCGUCUUGCCUCCUCCCCAGAGCAUCAGAAGCAAAGAAAUCACUCUUGUGAAAAACACAACAUGGCCUACUGUAUGGCUUCUUAAUAGUGACUUAUUAUUAGCAGGAAGGAGGAAAAUGACUCUCAAAACAUAAACCCCUUCAAUCAUUCAGAAUAGAAUCUUUAUUCCUGCUGUUACGUCUGUUUUUCUUUUUUUGUAAAGACAGUGGUUGCAACUUUUGUGAAACUGCAAGGACAUUUUCCGCUCAUUCUUUUUUUUUAGGAAACAGAGCCGAGAGUGACAAACCGGAUGCACGUGACGUCCAAUAUCCGUCAACUCGACAAUGCGUAAAGAUGUGAACAAGGUGUUUCAAUAAACACACAUUGACAUAAACAUAAGGGCAGAUGAAGCUAAAAGGAACUGCAUAUUAAGCUUGUACUUUAUAGUUUGCUUGGAGAAAAAAAAGGCUUGUACUUAGAUACGUGAAGUGUGUUCUGUAUUGUAUUGCUCUGCAGAUGCUGAUUUUCUACCAUUGCUGCCUACGUAAGUGACUCUUUGUCUUGAUUGUUUGGGUUUUGAUGCCAUAGUUAGAACGUGAUAUGUGACCAUUCGACUGUCUCUUUCCCCAGGGACAUCAGUGCAAGUAGACAGGAGCAUGGUUAUUUUUGGUCAUGCUCGUAUCGUUAUGCUGUGAAACAAAAGGCUUGGCAGACUCCAACAGGUUGCUUCACCGAUGUGCAGCAGCGUCCACAACCAGCAGCGAACUGGCUAGCGUCAUGCUACCUCUCUUUUAAUAACACACACUUCAUGAGGACCAAGAACACUAAAUGGCCCUGAAAUCCUAAAAAAGUAAACGUUGAAUGAAUACUGAUCAGCUGACUGAAGAAGUGGGCUUCGGCGGUGAUGAAUUAUGCAGCGGGUUAGCAUGUUCUCCAGAGCUUUGAGAAUAAUCCUUCAGUAGUGUAACAUAAAUCUGGCCGUGCCGAGCCUGCCACAGUGGCAGACAUGUCAUUAAUAGCUCAUUAGAAGAUGGAGCUUGCUCGCCAUGCACCGUAUUAAAGAAUGUAUUCUACACCGCCAGGGAUACGAGCAGCGAGCAUGCUCUCAGCUGGGAAAAUCUCGAAGUGGUGUGGUGAUACUCACUCAGCUCGCGGCUGUGUGUUGCUGCUCGGGGAUCUGCCUGCUUUCUGUAGUGCACUGAAACUGGCUCCUCACUGUGCCACGAAAAGACAAAAAGGGAAAACAAAGCUUUGUUGAGCUACCUUAUCCUCCCGGCGUUGCUUCUUAAAUUCAUUUGGUUAAUCCCUCACUCCUUCCUCCCAAACUGACUGUGCUUUGCUGUUUCCUAAACCAAACACACAGACCUGUGCAGUUAACAUAUUACUCGUCUUUGUGUCACCACCAAGGAGGGGACAUUACACGAGCCACCGGCCAAGAGCUGGAGGAACUGUUUAGACACCUUUGGCAGGAAUAUAACUCGAGAUUCAUAGACAUGCUCGUUACAUAUUCCUGUUAAACCUCCUUUAUCCUGUUAAAACAACUGCUGACUGUGACGUUGUGAUUCAAUAGCGAAAGCAGGCCACUUCGAGAGGAGAGGAAAAUAGUGUGUAAUGCCAACAAGGAAGUAGUACUGCUGCAAAAUGUAUAAGUGGGUGGAUGAUGGAUGGGAUACAAAGCAUUUGAGCUCAUCACAUCCCUGAGUUCUCCUCUCCUAACCCUAACCCUAACCCCAAAGCUGCCUUCACAUGAUACAGGGUAAAAAGGCUCUGGAAGCAACGCCACCUGACAACACGCAGUGUCGUGCACCUCUCUUAAUUAUCGUCAAGCUUAAAGUUCAAAUCAUUUCAACUUUGACGUAGUUACCGCUGAGCUUACAGCACACAACCAUUCAGAUGACAGCUGUGUCAAGCGGGCCAAGUUAGCAGGGGAUGUAACUAUAGAAACAAAACGUACACGGCUGUUUUCAAAGCAAGGCGGUGAGCAAAUCACGUAUAAUGUGAACGCAGCUUAACCCUCACAGUGACUGUGGUCAGAGACAUGAAGGAUAGAGAUGACACGUCCAUUUUGCAGAAGCAUAUUGUACAGAAGAGCAUGUCUGUGUUAUAGUGUUGGUUGCAGGGUUGGGAGAGAUGCCCUUGCGAGUGUUAACAGGUAGUUGCAGAGCUGCAGGUGAAACCAGGCUUUCAUCAUCCCGUCAUCACGCUCAACACCACGAGGCUUUGCUUUAGUGUCAACACUUUUCCAGCUAAUGCGUGGAAUUAAGAUUUAUAGCAUUUACAGCAUUUACCAACAGUUGCCGUUUCAAAUCUCCUCGUUUCCAAGGCCUUGCUUUGAUAUGGAUAUUCCCACGGUCGCUUUUUUAUCGGAAUCCGGUUAUCAGUCCCUCACAAGCGCCAGCGUCAGCCAGUCCGAUAAAGGCUGAUCUUCAAAGCAAGCUCUUGAUUUUGCCUUCAGGAAACCAAUUUAAUGGAUCAAGCUAUCUGCUGUAAACGAAAUCAACGUCGACUGAAGCGGGUCGCUGUUUUGUUUGCUCUGGGGUUUUUGAGUGUCGAGUACUGUACAUGAUGUGUGCCCACGAGUAUGUGUCUUGAUAUAUCUUAUUUUAAAGGAACAUGCCAAACUCUAUUAUGGAAAAAAAAAAAAGGUUUAUAUUGGUGCCAUGCCAGUCUAACGCCAUCUCAUGACAUGUAUUUUUAAAAGAACAGAUAUCUACAGUGCAACAGAUAUUCAUGUAACAAAUCCAUAUUGACAUGUGUUUCCCUGAACAUGUGCGGUGAAAAUUAAUAAAAUAUAACUAUAAAGA